GGUCCCUGCGGAGCCCCGCCUCUGGACCCUGCCCGGCCGGGCUGAGCGCGGUGCCCUUGGAGCUCCCACUUCCGCCCGGUCCGCCCAAGCGGAAGUGCGUCGGCCGGCCGUGUUCCCUACGGCCUCCAGGCGGAAGCGCGCUGAGGUCGCGUCUCCCACCGAUCCCGCGUUGCGCUGUGCGUCGGGUUCCGGAGAGGUCCCGUGUGACGUGGCCGCGCGCCGAGGGCGGCUCCGGGCCGGGGGCCGGGCAGCCGGGCAGCCGGGCCGGGUGGGGCAGGCCCGGGGCGGGGCGCGAUGCCGCAGCUGGAUGGCCGGGGCAGCCCGGAGCGUCACCGCUGCCGCACGCACGUGGCAUGCCUGGAUGUCCCUGCCCCUGUUGUGGCAUGACGGGUCAGAGGCUCCUCUUCCUUACUGCUCUUGCCCUGGAGCUCCUAGGAGGGACUGGGGGUUCCCAGCAAGCCCUCCGGAGCCGGGGGGCUGCCACAGCAUGUCGCCUAGACAACAAGGAAAGUGAAUCCUGGGGGACCCUGCUGAGUGGGGAGAGGCUGGACACCUGGAUCUGCUCCCUCCUGGGCUCCCUCAUGGUGGGGCUCAGCGGGGUUUUCCCGCUGCUCAUCAUUCCCCUGGAGAUGGGGGCCACGCUGCGCUCAGAAGCUGGGGCCCGGCGCCUGAAGCAGCUGCUCAGCUUUGCCUUGGGGGGCCUCUUGGGCAACGUGUUUCUCCACCUGCUGCCUGAGGCGUGGGCCUACACGUGCAGCACCAGCCCUGGUGGCGAGGGGCAGAGCCUUCAGCAGCAGCAGCAGCUGGGGCUGUGGGUCAUCACUGGCUUUCUGACCUUCCUGGCGCUGGAGAAGAUGCUCCUGGACAGCAAGGAGGAGGAGGGGACCAGCCAGGCCCCUAGCAAAGACCCAGCUGCUGCUGCCGUGCUCAAUGGAGGCCACUGUCUGGCCCAGCCAGCUGCAGAAACUGGCGUGAGUGCUGUGGUCCGGAGCAUCAAAGUCAGUGGCUAUCUCAACCUGCUGGCCAACACCAUAGACAACUUCACUCAUGGGCUUGCUGUGGCUGCCAGCUUCCUUGUGAGCAAGAAGAUCGGGCUCCUGACCACCAUGGCCAUCCUCCUGCAUGAGAUCCCCCAUGAGGUGGGCGACUUUGCCAUCCUGCUCCGAGCCGGCUUUGACAGAUGGAGCGCAGCCAAGCUGCAGCUCUCGACGGCGCUGGGGGGCCUGCUGGGUGCCUGCUUCGCCAUCUGUACACAGUCCCCCAAGGGAAGGAGACUGUGGCCUGGAUCCUGCCCUUCACCUCUGGGGGCUUUCUCUACAUUGCCCUGGUGAAUGUGCUGCCUGACCUCUUGGAGGAAGAUGACCCAUGGCGCUCCCUACAGCAGGUGCUGCUGCUCUGCACCGGCAUAGUGGCGAUGGUGCUGUUCUCACUCUUCGUGGAGUGACUACCCAACGGCUCACCCCACACAGUGAUAAGAGGCUCGGAUUCACUCUGUGACCAUCUGUGCGGCAGAGAACCAGUGUCUAAGAGAGCGCACCUCCAACCAGAUGAGAGGACAGUGUCUGUGUUUGUGUGCCGGUGUGACCAGAGAUGUGUGAGACCGACACUGUGAUCCCUCAUGCUCUGGGCCCAGAGCCCGAUGCCCGCGCCCAUCCCCGGCCACACUGUGGUCUUCUCUCCUUGCUACCCUGUCACCUUGCACUUCCCAGAGUGAGCAAUGAGGAACAGCAGCAUUGGUCCCAAGCAGAGGCUUCUCCCCACCAGGACCCCAGGGGCAGUGAGCAUGGCCCAAGGAGCUAGGGCUGCAGGAAGCCCCGCAGUAGUCACCCCCUGGGGCCUCAUGGGUCCCUCGCCUGAGAUGAACCCCACUGGUCAUGACCUGGCAGCCUAGGGGCCAAGGCUGGGGCGCCUUCUCUCUGCUGUGUUCUUUGGCAGCUUGAAAGGCAAAGAAAGGAGAGGCAGGCGUUCAUGGAGCCAUACCUGGCCCAGCAUGGAGCUGGGAGUUGCUAAAACCUUUUCCUACUGGUUGCCCUCCCACCCUGGGCCAGCUCCUGUUCCCUGGGAGCACCAGCAGCUCUUGCCACCUCCAGCUGCCAGACAGCGGCCUGCAAGGCAGCAUGCAGCCCCUGGACAGAGGCCCCGUGGUCCAGCUCAGGGAUGCUCGUGGCAGCAGGGUCCAGGAAGGGACCUGGGGCAGGGAGGAUGAGCCGCAGCUGCCGCCCCUGCUUGAGCCCCUUUUCCUGUCCCUCUUUGGGUGGGGGUAAGGUAGGGGUGGGAGGGCUCCUGGCCGUCAUCACUCAGGAAUGUGCUCUUGGAGAAUGCUAAAGCCAUAAUCUCCAGCUAUUUCCCUUGGCUGAUGCCCAGGUACUCAGCUGGCCCACUCCACAGCCAGGCUUCAGCCUUGCUGCCCAACCGUGGACGUUUUGAGAAGUGGCCAUGAAGAGAGUCUGAAAGCUUUUACAGCAGUUUUGCUCUGGUUCUGUUUGUAUCUGUAAAUACCUAUUCUAUAGAUAAAGGUGCAAAUAAAUAUUAUAUACAAA